CAGAGGGCAACACCCAAUCGAAAAUGAGAGCAUCAAUCACGAGUACUUGAUGACAUCUGAAGCAGCAGCGGCUACUUCUUCAGGCAUCGGCGCUAUACCUAUUGGCAAACAUAAUUUGGGUGCACCGCCUGCAGGCCCUCGCGUCUUCCCGAUGCUGGCCACGAAUGUUGAUCCUGCUCAACCCCAGGGACGACCUGUCUCAGGGCAUCCUAUGCAGAACUCUUUAAGUCGCACAGACUUCGGUGUGCCGCAAAGCAUUGCUGAGAAUGACAGGAAAGCCAUGAGUGAGAGUGCCGCACCUCCAUCUGCACCGAACCCGCCAGAGCCCAAUUUUUUCCCCAACGCGAAAGUGAGGCCCGGUCUUUACGAGCCAUCGCAGGCACCAUUACUAGGACAAGCGGUCGAGCACGAUUUUAAUGUAGUUUUUGCAACGCAGGGGCCUGCUACUGUCGCCGCACGUUUUGCCGAAACGCCUUGCACUUAUCAGUUGAAAGCUAAUCAUACACACUCCUCGAGCCAUGCUGACGGUCGUCUUGAAAGGGGAACAGAAGAUGCAAGAGGAAUCUCUGCGAACAGCAACUCAGACAACCUGAUGGCGACUAGCCAAUCACCUGUAGACUCUUCUGGUAUCGUUCGGGGCGCAAAACAACUACAACCGGGAGUCGCAGAGAUGACCGGGGACAACGAUGGAGGCAAGAACUUCAACGAGAAGAACUCGAAGAGCGUGAACUUCGGCGCAGCAUCUUCAAGCGCCUUGUUGCCUCGAAAACGUAUGUUUGUCGAAACGGAUAAUUCGCACAACCCUUUUGGCCUUGGCACAAGUGGAGGUUUUGUGCCCAAUAAUGAUAAAAAUCACAGUGCCACCAAGCGGGGAAAGGUUGCGCGAAAUGAACAUCAAAGAGAUCUACACGAGGGUGCUGUGGGAAAGAAUGGAAAUAGCGUUAAUUCGUUCCAUCUCUCGUCUGGACGAGGUUCGUCACCGUCGUCGCCACCCGAUGUGCACGAGGUGCUAGUGCUUGCGCAAGGGCUGAAAAAGCUUGGACGCCGCUCAUUGAAUAAGGAGGACUUCGAGGCUCUUGGGACGAGUAAGACGAGGUUGGAGGACGUGCUUCGAAAACUCAAUCGCACAGACGCCCUCGCGCGAGUGAUGGAAUCUUCCUCAUUCCAAGCAUGGCGCGAACAAAAUUCGCAGGGUGAUUCACCCAGAGAUCUGCUUCGUACACUUGGGGAUGUGCACGUUCUCGAUACGAGCUUCUCCCUGUCCCAACAAGCUCGUCCUGACUCAGUCGGAGGGUCGGGACCCUCGCAGCACCAGGAAUUAUGCUAUGGAGGUGGUUCUGGCCAACAGCGCGUCGUCGGCGACGGUAGCCCCUUGCUGUCGAAUUUGUACCAUGAGGCUUCGUCGUUCGUCGAUGGAAGAUGCGAGAGGUGCCGCCAAGAGGCGGAGCAUAGGCAGCGAUUACGUACGGCACCUAUGAAGAAGGCGCAUCAAUACGAUAAAAAGCCCAAUUCCCCUGCUGCUGCUGCUGCUGCUACGGCGCCUUUCGUGAUGCAGCCAGCCCAACCGCAAGUCGUCGAGGAAUACGAUCCCUCCUUCCUAGACAGCGUGUUAGGUGGUGUUGACGCUCUGCCUUCGGUACUGGCGAUGGCCGUGCUCGAGCCUGCUGCGACUACUCAGAUAGGACGAAGCAAUGGACUGCCUGUGGAAGUUUCCAGGACUGCCAGUCUCGCAGGAAGCAGAAAUCUUCAUAUACCAGGGGGAGGGCGGGGAUUGCAGCCAGAGUCGCCACACGUUCUACCUCUGCCUCCUGCUGCUGGUAUACCCAGACCCGCAUCUUCCUCGUCAGCACUUACAGCAGACCCUCUGAAGGUAGUUUGCUGCUUUCCUGGGCAAUGGUGGGUGUCUUCUUUCGACGAGAUGCGACCCUGGUUUCUGAAAGCCGCUCACAACUCAACAAGGCGAGCUAUCAUAUGCGAGGACGCAAAAGCGUUUGUGUGUAUGCUGCGAGCACGCAACCUGUUCUCGCCGCACCUGGAGUUCGCGGAGCCACGGAUCGCUGCGUGGAUGUUGGAUCCCGACCACGUGCUGGAGCUGGGCGAGUUGCGUGAAAAAUUUGCUGUGCCAAGUUUGUCAAUCGCGCCACUCGUGCGUUCAUCGGUCAAACACCAGGCUGCAGCAGCUACUGAUCAACGCCAUCACACCGCCGGAAUAGAACACCAAGGGCAGGAGGCGUCGAUUAAGAUGGCAACGUCUAGGCAGACGUUGCAAAAAAAUGGUCAAGAGAAAAAGCAGACCACCGACCAGGCCAUGAUAGAAGCUGCACAGCUAGAUCUUCGGAGGUACAAAUAUCAAAUUGGGGACUUGCUGACUGCACAGGAGCAUACAGGGUUUGAUACUGAAGCUGCGGAGGCUUCACUUUUUGCUCUCAACGGUCUCCUGAAUACAGGAACUAAAAGUCCGAAAACAGAGCAGCACCAACUGACAAGAACAGCACAUCACGGUGAUCCCAAUUAUGUCCAAGUUCAAGCACGACCGGAUCCAAGGAAGCAUUGUGGCAGUCUCCAUAAUCACAGUGAUGCUGCUUUUCUUCCAGGCUCUAGUACGACGAAACUUACAUCGCUACAGACCACGCGUGUUGGGAGGCCCUUGCUGCAGGCGGUACAAGAGGCUUAUUCGUGUCUCCAUUUAGUGGGUACUUUGUAUUCACGUCUAGUAGAUGCGCAAAUGGAAGGUGCCUUUAUGGAAUUGCAGAUGCCUUUCCAAGUGCUUUUGGCGGACAUCGAAGUGGCCGGGCUCCCUUUCAAUCGCGAUUGGGAGACGCACACCAGGAUUGUGCACAAGUCUGCGGCCUUGCAGGAGCGCUCGAAAGAUCUUGUUGGACGCCGCGUGAACCUUGCGAGUUCCGAGGAUUGCGGUCGAGCCCUGUUCGAGGACCUGCAAAUACGGCCGCCAAAGGGACUGCGCUUUCGUCGAAAGCCCAACGGCCGCACACGCUACACAAGUGGCAAAGACGUGCUCCAGGGCAUACUGCGAGAAGCAGAGGUGGUAGAGAAAGAAAAGAUCAUGGAAAAGAAAACCGACCAAGCUAAACAACAGAAUGAGACUCAUACGCACACUGGAAAUAGAAAAACAGUUGAACAAGCAGCAUCGGAUUUACAGUCCCCACGCGGUGCUAGAGCCAUCUCCCCCACAACAUCUAGAAAAGCAGGCGGCGAAGGUCUUGACGCGGUACUCCUGAAAAAUGCCGACCACGGCACUAAGGGUCAUGAUGUGUCUUUGACGUCAAGCUCGUCGGAGGACGAAGAUGACUCGCAGAGAAAAGUUAAAGACGCAAGGGCAGACAUGCAUGACGAGGAAGCGGAGCUCCUCGAGGAGGCAGAUGGAGGUGAUUUAAUUGCUGAGGAGGGCGAUGACGAGGAGCAGGAGGCCUACGAUGAGUUCGCAGGUGGUCGCGAUGAUUUUGACUACAACGAGUCACAACAGACCGCAUUUCUACCCAAUAAAUUCACAAAAGUGAAUCCGGGCUUCGAGUUGAUCGAUCACAUCUCGGAAUAUCGUCACUUGCAGCACGUCAUCAACAAAUUCAUGAAACUUCAGAGGUGCGCAGUAGAAGUAUCUCCGCCUGAAGACUACAACCACAACGAGCAUGGGGUCAAUCUAAACUCAGCCGCAAAUGGUGAUGAGAAGGUCUCGUCCCUUGAAAAUGAGACUGAUGGUGUAGUUGAGCAGUUUUAUCGCGUUCGAACGUCUUUUUCGUUCACAGCGACCGGAAGAAUCGUUGUGCGGAACGGUCGUCCACAGUUGCUUUGCGUGGAUAACCCCUUCGAAAUACUCGAUGUCGUGAAGCUAUCCUUUCAUAAGGAAGGAAUAAAAAAGAUUCUUCGUCCCAUAUCCGUCAUCGUAGGCGUCGCCGCGGCGCUGCCGCCUCUAUGCCGCUAUCGGCUUGGUUACGCGUGCACAGUACUCAAUGAUGAUGAUGAUGAAGAUGAUAAUUCUGAACGGGUGGAUGAAGUUGAGAAAACGUCAAUAUCCAUGGGGAAAAUGAUAGCGGGGAAAACGGAACAAGGAAUAACGCCUGAUCUUCUGAACGCUGGUGAUGCUUUUGACAAUUCAAAAAGAGCAGUAUGUCGCUACUGGGCGAAAAAGGGGUGGGAAAUCUACAAAAACCCGGACUACGUAAAGAAGCUUCGGCGCGUUGUUGUCCAACUUGGAAAUUACAGGGGCAACACGCUAGACGAGUACAGUCCCGAUUCGCCGGACGAAAAAGACGCCUGCUUCUUUGACUCUUUGAAGCGGAGGCAGGAGCGUGACGCGCGCCGCGAAGCAAAAAGGAGGAAGCGGCACCUUCAGCCAGGAUCCUGUCGAAAUCCGGACACAGGUAUUGUGCGUCGGGAAAAAAAUCGGGAGCGUGAACAACACGCAUACCUAUCGUACCCCUCGGAUCAGGUGUGGCGGACAGUCGCACCAGUUUACGCUGCGACGGACGGAAAAAGCACACAGCGGCGUAUUUCUGUGAACUUACGACAGUGCUUCCAGUUUCCAAAAUCGAGUGGCAAACUCUUCUUGUCCGUGGACUACUG